AUUUUUUUUACGUGUAACUCAAUGCGUCGUUUAUUUUUCCCAGGAAUAAGCCCUGCAAUAGGGAGAUAUGUCGAAAAAAGCCACUUAAAUGCCAAGCUAAAGUAUUUUUUACUUCAUCCAGCCGGCCCUUUAACCAUUCAUUUUUGGGCACCCACAUUUAAAUGGGGUAUCACAUUAGCUAAUUUAGCAGAUAUGGGUUGCUCACCACAGAAAAUUUCAUGGGAAACUCAAUUAGCUAUCACAGCAACAGGACUCAUUUGGUCUCGCUUUAGUUUAGUGAUCACACCGAAAAAUUGGAAUCUUUUUUCAGUUAACGUACUUAUGGCCGGUAGUGGAAUGUAUCAACUCUUUCGCGUGUAUAAAUAUAAACAAAAGAAAACUUAAAUCGUUAGUAGUCAAAAAUUACAAUUAGAAAAUAUCAAUUUGUUAGUAAAUGUAACACACUAUACCUAACAAUUCACUAUUGCUUCAUUUGUUGUGUAAAAGAUAACCCUCUGUUUAACACCUGUUCCUAAUAAACUUUUAAACACGAAAA